GCAUCUCUUUUGCAUCUCUCUCUCUCUCUCUCUCUCUCUCUCUCUCUCUCUCUCUCCUCCUCCUCCUCCGGCUCAAUUUGGCGAUAGAACAAGUCAUGUACCAAUCAUCUUCCCCCACGUCAUCAUCGUCACAAAGAUCAUCGCUCCCCAGCGGUGGCGCAGGACUGAUCCGAUACGGUUCAGCUCCUGGAUCGCUCCUGAACUCUAUGGUGGAUGAAGUCAUUGGAGGGUCAAACGGUCGAGACUUCAACUUUCCACCGCCGGAUAACUUCCUCGGUGAUUUCUUCGCCGGAGCUGAUUCUUCCUCGCUGAGAUCCGAGUCCAUGACUUGCGGAGUCAACUCAUCCGACGGCCAAAAACAUCUUGGCAGCAACAACAACAAUAAUAAUAAUAAUAAUAAUAAAGAUUUGCUCCCGGACAGAUCCUACGGUGGAUUCAACGAGAUCUCACAGCACAAGAUCAACAACCACGUUGGAGGAGGAGGAAGUAGCUCUGGAUCUUACUCUCUAGCUAGACAACGUAGCUCUCCUGCUGACUUCUUCAGCUACCUCUCCGGUGAAAAAAACAACUUCUCGUCGAACCAACCAACCAGUGAUUAUAAUCAGCAAGGAGGGUCUAAUGCAGGACGUGGACCAUCGAGACUCAAGUCUCAGCUAAGCUUCACUAGUCACGACCCACUGGCUCGUAUCUCUGAGGUCAAUGAGACAUCUGUCCACUAUGGUUCAGGCCAUUCGUUUUCCGCGGCUAGCUUCGGUGCCGCCACUGAUUCUUGGGAUGACGGUUCCGGUUCAACAGGGUUUACUGUGACCCGACCCACUAAACGACCCAAGGACAUGAACUCAGGUCUCUUUUCACAGUAUAGUCUUCCUUCAGACACUUCAAUGAACUACAUGGAUAACUACAUGCAGCUUCCCGAAGAUUCUGUACCAUGCAAAGUUCGGGCCAAACGUGGCUUCGCCACCCACCCGAGAAGCAUCGCCGAGCGGGAGAGGAGAACGAGAAUUAGUGGGAGACUAAAGAAGCUACAAGAUCUUGUCCCCAACAUGGAUAAGCAAACAAGCUAUUCUGACAUGCUGGAUUUAGCGGUACAACAUAUCAAAGGCCUUCAACACCAACUUCAGACUUUGAAGAAAGAACAAGAGAAUUGCACGUGCGAAUGCAGUGAGAGACCAAACUAGCCUAGCUACGCAACCCUAACGGUAGGGAUGCAGUGAGAGAGGUAGCUGCAACCCUAACGGUAGGGAUCAUUCCAAAUUUAUCAUAUGCUGUUUGAUAAUGUAAGAGAAUUAGAGAAGAUGUAAAUAAAUACAUUAUCAAUUGCCUAAUUCUCUCUUAUAAGCUUCCCUCAUCGAAACAGUGCCAAUUGUCCAUUACAUUUUUUUCAAGUCUUAUGUUCUCUGAAUA